UAUGAAGGAAUAUCUAAUUUUGAAAAUAAUCUUUAUGAAAAUAUUAGUGAUGGAAAUAUAAUUGAUAAUGAAAAUGUUACUAAUAAUGAAGACAGUGACCAUACUGAAGAUGAAAAGAAUAAGACAACAAGAUCUUUGCCUAUUAUAUCUUACUUUACUCCUUGUGAAGCACAUAGAAAACGCGUCACCCUUCCUGAAAAACAGCAAAAUCGUAUUGCUUAUCAGCUUGUUGCUUGGAUAGUUGAGGAGAUGAUGCCAUUGAAUUGUAUUAACCAUGAUCG